AUGGAACCAAACUGCUCUCUGCCCCCAGAAUUAUUGAGAGAAAUAAUCAGUUUCCACAUCUUCCAGAAUAUUACUCUUGUUGAUACCAAGCAUGUUGGAUCCUCAAAACCCUCCUGGCAGCUGUUUUCAUCUCUUUCUCUGGCGUCUAAGAUUUUGAGAACGUUAGCGCUUGAAGCCUGGUUUGCUAUUCUCUGCGUAAGACGCGAUGAGGAUUUGCUUGAUGAAUUUAUGCCAUUUCCAGAAAUUAAGACAUGGACUCGGGAAAUCCAUUUCAUGCAAUGGACUGAAGAUUCAAGGUCCUGGAAUUUCGAGGGGUUUACGCGCUUGAAGAAAAUACGAAUAGAUUGCUCAAAGACCGACAUCGUUCCACCCAAAUUCCCGAGCGGCUUGGUAAUAUCAAACGAUAUCGAGGUCGAAAUUCGGAAUCUUUACUGGCCGUCCCCUCUUGUUGCACAAUGCAUAUCCCGAAUAUUCCCCAAACUGAAGGUUCUAAGGCUACGACAAGCAAGGACUUGGUGUGGGCUUUGUCAUACAUGUUGUAUACCAGAAUUUCGCCCACCGGUCCCAAAAUCGAUUCGAUAUGAAGAUGGAAUGGGUUUACCGGUUCAUUACGCUCUGGCAUUUUCUUCUCUCGAAUAUCUUGAAACUAUACACAUAAUGGUCGGGGUCCUGGAAUCUGGCAAGACCACACUCGGGAGUGAGAAAGGACAAAAUCCGAAUUUUUGGUCUGGAGAGUGUGACAGGUGUAUGGAGAUCAUGUAUGAAGACGAGACAUUCAAACGUGAGUGGGUGGCGAAGAAACAAAACGACGCCGUCAAACCUCCGAUGCUAUCCACGGUCGAAUGGUCAUUUUUGCCGAAGGAAGAAUUUGAGUCGAGUGUGUUGAGUGAUGACGAUGAUGAGGAGGAUGAAUGA